UUUCUAUUCACUUUAUUACUCUUUUCUCCUCUGAAUAAAAACCACCCAUUUCCCAACACUUCUCUUAUCACCAACCUUUCUAUUUCUAUUCUCUCUAUUUCUCAUGGCCAUCGCCGGCUCUCCUUCCGCUGCGCCUCAGCUUCACGUUCUCGCCGUCGACGAUAGUCUCGUCGAUCGCAAGGUCAUUGAACGCUUGCUCAAGAUUUCUUCAUGCAAAGUGACGGUUGUGGAGAGUGGAACGCGUGCUCUUCAGUAUUUGGGGCUUGAUGGAGAGAAUGAUGCUCUUGGUUUUGAUGUAAGCGAAUUCUGCUUUUUGGGUUAUGGUUUUGUUUGUAUGGUGGUUGUUUGGUGCUUAUGUUUUUGUUUUGGCUGGCUGUGGUUGCAGAGUGUUAAGGUUAAUCUCAUAAUGACGGAUUAUUCCAUGCCGGGGAUGACAGGGUAUGAAUUACUCAAGAAAAUCAAGGAGUCUUCUGUGUUUAGAGAGAUUCCGGUAGUGAUCAUGUCGUCGGAGAAUGUUUUGACUCGAAUUGAUAGAUGCCUGGAGGAAGGAGCAGAGGAUUUUCUAUUGAAGCCAGUCAAAUUGGCAGAUGUAAGACGCUUAAAAGAUUUCAUCGUGAAAGGGAAAGUGAAGGAAGGGGAGAAAAGAUCUCACAAAAGAAUCCGAUCAAUUGAUUGCAGUUCACCUCUAUCUGCAACAUGCUCACCAAUGUCUCUUCCAUGUGAUCCAUCAACAUCAUUACUCUCACCAUUAUCUGCAAAGAAGGCUAGAUUGUGACCAGGGAUUGAGUUGUGUCUCCAAUUUUGCCCACACUAGUGUUCAUAUGACAAAAGCAUGUGGUGUAUUUUGCAUUUGUUCAGCAAUCUACUAUACCUUAGGAAAGAGAGAAGCAAAUGUUAGAAUCGCUAAUUCUUUGGUCUUUUGUUUGUGCUGAUCUUGCUUAUGUACAGAGAUUUAUCAAAAUCAAAAUUUGACCAUCUUUUUACGUAAGCACCUUGUUCUUUCGAUCUGCACUGAACCAAAUAAAAUUUGAUUAAUAAUAAUAAUAAUAAACUAGAGCAUGGCAUGCCACGCUCAACAGUAAAAAAUUGAAAGAAUUACGCAGUGCUGAUAGUUGAGGGAAAGUAACAG